AUGAUCCUCGGCGGCGACGGCUACUGCGGCUGGGCCACCGCCCUCCACCUCUCCAACCGCGGCUACGAGGUCGCCAUCGUCGACAACAUGUGCCGCCGCACCUUCGACGACCAGCUCGGAUUCAACUCGCUCACCCCGAUCAAGGGCAUCCACGAGCGCGUCCGCGUCUGGGAGGAGGUGUCCGGCAAACGCAUCCAGCUCUACGUCGGCGACAUCUGCGACUACGAGUUCCUCUCCGCGGCGUUCCAGGCGUUUGAGCCCACCGCGUGCGUGCAUUUCGGCGAGCAGCGCUCGGCGCCGUACUCGAUGAUGGACCGCUCCCGCGCCGUGUUCACCCAGACCAACAACGUCAUGGGCACCAUCAACGUGUGCUACGCCAUCAAGGAGUUCGCCCCCGAGUGCCACCUCAUCAAGCUCGGCACCAUGGGCGAGUACGGCACCCCCAACAUCGACAUCGAGGAGGGGUACAUCACCAUCGAACACAACGGCCGCACCGACACCCUCCCGUAUCCCAAGCAGGGCAACUCCUUCUACCACCUCUCCAAGUGCCACGACUCCGCCAACAUGCUCAUGUGCACCAAGACGUGGAAGAUGCGCACCACCGACCUCAACCAGGGCGUCGUCUACGGCGUCGCCACCCCGGAGACGAUGAUGGACGACAGGCUCGUCAACAGGCUCGACUACGACGCCGUCUUCGGCACCGCGCUCAACCGCUUCGCCAUCCAGGCCGCCGUGGGCCACCCCAUGACGGUUUACGGCAAGGGCGGCCAGACCCGCGGCUUCCUGAACAUCACCGACACGUGCAAGUGCAUCCAGAUCGCGUGCGAUAACCCCGCGCCCCCCGGCGAGAUGAAGAUUUACAACCAGUUCACCGAGCAGUUCAGCGUGAACGAGCUCGCCGCGCUCAUCACCGAGGCUGGCCAGAAGCUGGGCCUCGAUCCCCAGGUGAUCAACGUGCCCAACCCCCGUACGGAGAUGGAGGAGCACUACUACAACGCCAAGCACUCGAAGCUUCAGGAUCUCGGCCUCGAGCCCAACCUGAUGAAGGAGAGCAUCCUCGAGUCGCUUCUCACCACCGUCGUCAAGUACAAGGACAACGUGGACCAGCGCCUCAUCCUCCCCGGCGUGAACUGGACCGAGUCCGCGUCCGUGGGCAAGACCAUCGCCAAGGUUUAA